AUGUCCAAGGUCAUCCGAAGCGUCAAGAACGUCACCAAGGGGUACUCCAGCGCCCAGGUGAAGGUUCGAGAAGCAACAAGCAAUGACCCAUGGGGUCCCACGGGGACGCAGAUGAGCGAGAUUGCCCAGCUGACCUUUGCAUCAUCCAAUGAGUUCUACGAGAUCAUGGACAUGCUCGACAAGCGCAUGAACGACAAGGGCAAGAACUGGAGGCACGUGCUCAAGGCCCUCAAGGUCCUCGAUUACUGCUUGCACGAGGGCUCCGAACUGGUCGUGACGUGGGCCCGCGAGAGUAUCUACAUCAUCAAGACGCUGCGCGAAUUCCAGUAUAUCGACGAUGACGGCAGGGACGUGGGUCAAAAUGUACGCGUCGCCGCGAAGGAGCUUACAUCGCUCGUCCUUGACGAAGAGAGACUGCGCGCCGAGCGCAGCGACCGAAAGUCGUGGAAGUCCCGCGUGACUGGCCUCGAAGAAUACGCGCCUCAGCAAGCUGGACCCUCGCACCGGGGAGGAAGAGAGCCCCGAGCGCGCCGCGACGACGAGGACGACGCCGAGUACAGGCUCGCUAUUGAGGCCAGCAAGUACCAGGAGGAAGAGGACCGCAAGAGGCGUAACCAGGGCCAAGUCGACGUCGACGACGAUGAUCUGGCCAAGGCCAUCAAGCUCAGUCAGGAGGAGGAGGAGCGGAGACGACGGGAGCUCGAGCAGAGCAACGCGAUAUCCCUCUUUGACGACACACCCACGCAGAGCACUCAGCAGUCACAGCCCGCCCAACCACAGUUCACCGGCUUCAACCAGGGCUAUCAGCAGGGCAGCGCAGUCGAUUUCUUCGCCAACCCCAUUGACCAGAACGCGCAGCAGCCGCAGCCCACCGGCUAUCUCGGCAACCAGUAUACCGGCUUUCCGCAACAGCAGCCGCAGCAGACGGGCUUCCAAAACGGCUAUGGUGGAUAUGGCAUGCAGCCCCAGAUGACGUCGUUGGAUCCGUUCGGCCAGCAGCAGCAGCAGCAGCAGCAGCCUACCGGCAUGCCAGCAUUCCAGCCUCAGCCUACAGGAUUUAACCCUUACCAGCAACAGCAGCAGCAGCAGCAGACACAGUCGCCUGCGGCGCAAGACCCGUUCCCUCAAGCUGGUAGCAACAACCCCUGGGCGACGAACAACAACCAGCAGUCACAGUCGCCCUUGCGCGCGAUGCAGACGGGCUCGAACAACCCCUUUGCGCCAGCGGCCACGGGCGGAUCGUCGGCAUUCGGCCGACCGCAGACUCAGAAGAUCCCUUCCAUGCCGGCACUCGGAAGCUUGCCGGAGCAGAAGACGCUGUCAACCUUCAACAACCAGCCGAGCACCAGCUUCAGUCAGCCAGCAAGCGCCUUUGGCACGCCGCAGAAGGAGCUCAACGAGCACGAGGCAAAACUCAACGCGCUCCUUGCGAGCGGCGACGGCAUGGACACGUACGGCAACACGGGCCAGCUGCGUAUCCCGGCCCAGCACACGGCGCCAGGCACUUUUGUCAACAGUGCCGGUUCGGGGGCGCAGCGUCUGACGGCGGACGCCACGGGCAGCAACCCGUUCCUGCGGACCCAGUUCACGGGUAUGCCGAACACGACAUACGGAGGCAGCCAGCUGCAGGUCUCGCAAACGGGCGCUCCCGGCCUGGGUGGGCAGGGAAACAACAACCCCUUUGCCGGAACGCAGCCACAGCAAAGACCCAACCAGAACCAGGAUCUUAUUCAGUUCUAG